AUGUCGUGAUUCGCACGUUCCGGUACUACUGCACCGAGUGCGAGAGGCCAAGCGACGGCUACGACUACGAGAGCUUCGAUCUGUGUCUGAUGUGCUUCUCGCAGCAGUUCCCAUCCAACCACCUGCACAAGCGCCCGUGCUUUGCCCGUGCGCCCAUCUGCGACAUUGACGAGAUCGUCGAGUACACCGCAAAGCUGCUUUCGUCCUACCAGGAGAAGGGCCAGUCUUUGGACGCAUCGCUGCAAGGCGUGGAUCUCUUGGCCGGGUCGUCUGCUGUAUAUGAGCUCGAUACAUUCGACACCUAACGUUGACUAUAAUGCCCAGGCCGAGGAUCUGUGGCGCAAGCUGGCUAUCGGGCUGCACGGCACGACGGUGGCGACCAGUGCAAUGACAAAGUCGGCCGUCAUCGGCCCGAUUGCCCGAUUUGCCGGCCGGUCGCGGAUCCUGAGCGACGCCCAAGGCGAAACUAGUGACUCCCAGGCCGACACAGACAGGCAGAAGUCGAUCGUCGAGUCGCUGCCUCGCUGCGCGUUCUGCGGCGACGCCGAUCCGUGCGACGACACAUUGGGCGGGUUCGUCAACAAUCAGCCGUUCAUUCUGACCACGACGACUGAGAGCGGCUCGGUCCGGCGCCAGCGGUUCUGGGCCCACUACGCGUGUGCCAAGUACUCACCCGAAGUGCUAGUCUCCAAGGACAACAAAUGGUAUAAUGUCGCUGUGGCACUGCGGCGUGCGCGCACGAUCAAAUGCGCUGGAUGCAAGCAGCGCGGGGCGUCGAUCGGGUGCUUCUACGAGCGCUGCCAGCGGUCCUACCAUGUGGCGUGUACCGACAAGCCACUGGAGCACUUUGAAAAUGGCCGGCUGUUCUGGUGCCGCAAGCACGCCAAUGGCGAGCGGGCUCGAUACAACAAGACCGGGACGACCCAUCCAAAGACCGCCGGUUCUGCAUAUUGUGAAGUGCGCGGGAUGCACACGUGAUCUGGCCAACGAUCUGAUGUGGAUGACCUGUCUCGAGUGUCCGUCGGAGCCCGAGGCCCAGUUCAACAUGUGUCUGAUCUGCUACGAAUCCAAGGACGCCCUGGCCAACCACCCGCACAAGAAGCGGUGUUUCCG